GUUGUGUGUAAUACUGGAGCCAAUGCAGGAACUGAUGUCAAGACAUAAAACUUACAAUCUAAGUCCUCGAGACUGCUUGAAGACUUGCUUGUUUCAAAAAUGGCAGAGAAUGGUGGCCCCACCAGCAGAACCCACAAGACAACCAACAACCAAACGGAGAAAAAGGAAAAAUUCUACCAGCAGCACUUCCAACAGCAGUGCUGGGAACAACGCAAAUAGUACCAACAGCAAGAAAAAGUCAGCCGCUGCAAACCUGAGUCUAUCAAGUCAGGAUGUGAUGGUGGUAGGAGAACCAACUCUGAUGGGCGGCGAAUUUGGGGAUGAAGACGAAAGGCUUAUCACUAGAUUAGAGAAUACACAGUAUGAUGCAGCAAAUGGCAUGGAUGAUGAAGAAGAUUUCAACAAUUCACCUGCACUGGGAAAUAACAGCCCGUGGAACAGCAAACCUCCUGCUAACCAGGAGACUAAACCUGAAAACCCCACACCACAAGCUUCCCAAUAGGUUAUUCUGCAGCAGUACCCACUGCAGUGUGUGUCAGUGGGUUAUUAAUUACUGUUGCACAGCAUUCUUCAAAGUAAAAAUUUAAAAAACCACCUUUCAAUGGAUAUCAUUUCAGAGUAUCUAUUUCUAAACUAAAGCUAUCCAACUUUUUUAAUUAGGGAAAACUCUUGAAUAAGCUUCCAUAUACAUUUCUUGGAAGCAUUCACAUGCAAUGUGAUACUGGCACUGACCUCAGUUAAAAUAACUGAAAACUAAAUAGCAUCUCAUGGCAAAUUUCUGACAAUGCAUUUUAUUGGAAGGGGUUGUUUUUUUUCCUCAUCAAACAAUGGCCAUAUUUAAACAAGUCAUCAGUGCUCAGGAUCUCAUUAAGGUAACUAUGUAAAACUUUUUACAAUUGUAAUAUA